AGUGGAGAGGCGCACUGUGGGGAGAGAGGAAAAAGUUCUCAACAAGGAGAGGCAGGACUGCUCUUGCGGAGUCCCUGCAGUCUCCCUUUUUUAUGCCUCCACAAGUCUUUCCUUUCUACACUUUUGCAUUUUUUGGCUCGAGGACACCGCCGCUUCUGAGUAUUUUAGAGAGAAAGCCGCCACUACUGUGUCGAAGCGAAGCACCAUGGAGCUGCUGUGCCUCGAAAUGGACACCAUCAUACGAGCUCGUCCCGAUCCGAACCUCUUGUGCGAUGACAGAGUCCUGCAGAGUUUAUUGACCAUAGAGGAGCGCUUUCUACCGCAGUAUUCUUAUUUUAAAGUCGUCCAAAAAGAUAUUCAGCCCUUCAUGCGGAGGAUGGUCGCUACUUGGAUGUUGGAGGUUUGUGAGGAGCAGAAGUGCGAGGAAGAAGUUUUUCCUUUGGCCAUGAACUACUUAGACAGAUUUUUAGCCGUGGUACCCACCAAAAAGUGUCACCUGCAGCUGCUGGGGGCAGUGUGCAUGUUUCUUGCAUCCAAAUUGAAAGAGACUCGUCCACUAACUGCAGAGAAGCUCUGCAUCUACACAGAUAACUCCAUCAGACCACAAGAGCUGCUGGAAUGGGAGCUGGUAGUGUUGGGGAAGUUGAAGUGGAACCUGGCUGCUGUGACACCAAAUGACUUCAUUGAGCACAUUGUGAGAAGGUUGCCUCUGCCUGAAGAUAAGCUGGCACUCAUACGUAAACAUGUCCAGACCUUCAUUGCCCUUUGUGCCACAGAUUUCAGAUUCGCCAUGUAUCCUCCAUCCAUGAUUGCCACAGGAAGCGUUGGGGCGGCGAUCUGCGGCCUACAGCUGGAUUCAGCUGACCAGUCGCAGUGGGGCAACAGUCUGACAGACCUGCUGGCCAAAAUCACAAACACAGAAGUGGAUGUUCUCAAAGAGUGCCAGGAGCAGAUCGAGCGAGUGCUGGAGAGCAGCCUGCGUGAAGGGCGGCAGCAGCAGCAACAGCAGCAGAAGAUGCAGCGAGGGCCCUGCGGCAAAGGCCUGGACGAGCUGGAUCAGUCAUCCACUCCGACAGAUGUCCGCGAUGUCAACUUGUGAACCACCAGAGGGCGGCAUUGCACAGGAUUUACAAAAAAGAAAAAAAACAGAAAAAGCAACAUGGAAACAAAACCUAAAUUUUCUUAAAAGCAGGAAAAAAAUCAGCUAAACAACAAAAUACAUGAAAAACAAACAAGCCCCUGAGAAAGAGAACAAUGCUUUGCUAAUUUUGUGUUGUUUUCUUUUUUCCAAGUCAUAAACAGCUACCCGUGCACCGUGAAAUCAAAGGUAUUUUAGACACACAAAAUAGAUGUUCUAGUCUAAAAAACAUAUACAAGAUGAAGCUUUGUGAUGCCUUGGAUAUACAGAAGGGAAUCCAAUCAUAUUUGCAUUCUGCCAUUGAUUGUAUAGUAUAAUUUCUUUUUUUAAGUUAUAUUUUCACCAUUGCUCAAUAACGAGGCUGUUAAGGUAGAAUGCAGUCAGAGUAUGUGGGACGAAAGUGGAGCUCAAGUUUUCUUCUCAGUUGUGUUUUCUAUGAGUAUUAUCACGAUGACGUGCGCGGCCGUUCAAAGAGAGGAUACAUGUUUGAGCUCCUCCAAGCAUUAGCAGGUCGUCCUCGACAUACAGAGGAAGUGUUGAAAACAUUUUGCGAUUAACUGUUGAGUCCCACUUCCAUUGAAGAGACAGAUUAUUAGUGGUAAUUUCUAUUAUUAAUAUUAUUAUUGAAAGUGAGUAGUAGAGAUCAAUAAGCUCCUUUUGUCAGGCUGCUUGUGUAUAGUAGGUUCCAUGUGUGCGUAUGUGUGUGUGUGCAAGUGCGUUCUGAGGCAAAAGUUUGCGUCGAGCCGCAAAAUCACGAUUCUGAGUGAGAGACUACGGAGCGACCCAGAGGUCACGCGCACGUGAGUGUAACAGGGCAUCUAUGCUAUAUCACUGCCUUCAUGCGUUCAGAGUGCGUCGCGGUGCAACGACAAACUUGUGCGCGAGGCCAUGGAGAGGUUGUGGGUUCAGGGUGUUUCACCUUAGACUCGGAGGUCAUUGGAGGUGUUUUUUAUUACCGCUAUUCUGUUCAUGAACCAUUAGCAGAUACUUCAUUUAGAUGUGUUUGUAAAAAUACGGUGUUUCUUUAGUUGGGACUGUUGUUGUUGUUGUUGUUGUUGAUGAUGAUGAUGAUCUCUCGCAUGUGUGGCACAUGUAGAGGUCGAAAGGAGAAUGUCUUGAAGAAAAUAAGGCAAUGUUUUGGUCUAAAGCGUGGCAGACUUUAGGCUCUUCUGUACUAACGGGCAGGGAACAGAUUGCUGCGGAGAGCAAGAGCGUGCGCGGCACUGGAUGCUAGGAAAGAGGAUUCGAGUUGUGCAGGAGCAUGCUGCUGUGUAGGAGAUGAGGAUACAGCCCGUGGCUGGAAAAUGAUGAACAAAAGCCUCCCAAGGCCGUCUGUCAUAAUACGUAUUUUAACGUUCAACAGUAAUUUUUAAUUUUUGUUUUUGUUUCUUGUAAACAAAAGGUUCUUGCGUUUCCACGGAAGUGGAACUGAAUGGAACUUGGACUGUAUGCUGCCAGAUCAUCGCAUGUCGAUGAACAGUUCCAGGUGGGGGUUGGGUUUUUGGGGGGUGGGGGGGUAGGUUAGAGGAGUAAAUACUGUCAAUGCAUCUGGAGUCCCUCAUAGGGUUGUUUUAGCUCCUCUAUAUGAUUUCAAUGGUAAAGCACUUUGAGAACAAGCUCCCCAGGAGACGAUUAAAAUGUGUCAGGUGGUGAACCGAGGUGAAUGGAUGUUUUCUUUUUCCUUGUUAGCCUUUUCUUUGGUUUACAUUGUAGGGCUGGUUUCCCAAUCAUCACACGUACCCCUGAGUCAAAUUACUCACAGCUUAACGGUGAGAGAGGACAUUCCACAAAAAAAUAAAAUGAUGAUCAUGAAACAAACAUUCCACUCAAACACAGUGCAAAUUAAUGAUGAGUUUGCUUGUUUCAGAUAAAGAGGAGUGGGUGGGGGGGACCCCACAUGUCGACAUGAAUCCCUAAACACAGAGUUCACCACCCAUGGAUUCUGCUUUUAUUUUCCUUACAUUGUCAAGAAUGAAAUAUUUGUUUUACUUGAAUUUUUUGUGUGUAUUUAUCUGCAUCACAGCCACAGGGAGGCAGCAGUGAGCUCAACAGUGGUCGUAACAUCUGAUAUUUGCACGUUAUUCAUAUAAAUUUUUGAGGCAGAACCACCUUCCAGCUCAUGAUGUAGUUGGGGUUGGGGGGGGGUGCCUUAAAUUCAUGUAAUGCUAUCGAUGCUUAUUGUUUGUCGGUCACAUCUGUCCCCCUUUGAGCUUUGCUGCUUCAAGUCAUUGGCAACGGGGUUCAUAGAACAGGUGAAGUCACAAGAACACGGAUUUUGUUUUUUGUUCUUUGUUUUUUUUUAUCUUCCAUGAGACUCUGAUUCGACAUGGCAGACUGUUUUUGACUUUGGCUUGGCGAACUAUACUGUUUGUCAGACUGGAGAAACCUGCGAGGAUCUGAUUUUUUUAUUACUUUUUUGGACAAGCUUUGCUGAGCAACCUGAUGCCAUUUAAUGACUUUCGUCAAAACACCCCCUGCUGCAUAUUCCGGCAUGAUUACCCCUGAACUUUGCCUCUGUUCACCUGAUGGAAGCUCUUCCCCAAACGUUGCGGUUCUUAAUUGUUUUUUCCUGCAGUUGAUUGUUGCAUGUGUGGUUUGCCGGAACCACCUUUCCAUUUGUGUUUGGUGCAUUUUAUGGGGUGACCAGACCCACAAAAGGGGUUUUCUAAGAUUUAGAGAUACUGUAUUCCAAAGUGAAGAGAGGACAGACGAGGAGGUGUGAAGACAUCAAGAAAACGUGUCAAUAUUUUUUAUUGAGUUAUUGUUGUCUUUUUGCGCUGCUAAAAGCUAUGAAUUUGUUUCAUUUCUUAUAUACAAAAAAAAAUUAACAUUACCUAGUUGUGAUGUGUCACUUGAGUGUGCUGCUAUUUUAUAAACAUUUGUAUUAUAAUAUAAUUAUUUUACUGCUUAAGAGAUACAUUCAGAAAACCGAAGUAGAUGGUGAUAGAAGAACAUGAAAUGAGUAUUCGACUGGAAAUGUUCUUUGUACAGUUUGACCGUUUGCUUAGAUAGCAUGUCUCCUGUCCCCAUGGGUUUUUUUUUUCUUUUUCUUUUUCUAUUUCGUUCUUUUUUCUAGUCACAUUCUGCAUCAGUGGUAUUUCCUUAACCUCAGGAUUACUGGACAAUAAAACAACAACAACAAAAAAACAAAUCCAUAACCUAUACCUCUGCAGUUAGGGAGCCUGGAUUGAAAAUGGUGUGGAUGGGGGGGCAGCCAUCACAAAUGUGUAAUUUGUUGAUGAAUCUUGCUGUUUUAAUUUGCUCAAAGAGAGAAGAAAGGCUUCCACUUGGACUUAAUCUAUGUUGGGGGUGUGUGGGCAGUGCACAAUGUCUUGUUCAUUUUGUGUGAGGUUUUUUUUUUAACAGUAGAUAGUUCAAGCAUUUUCAUAUACGUCCAUGUCGGUGCUACAUCUGACUUGUUCUGUGUGAGGGAGGGACAAACUGCAUUCUUAUGAUGGCCAAAGCACAGUUCUUGCUUUACAUGCCACAGUCACUAUGAAUGUCAGUGAAUAUUGGUUUUGUAAUGUGAGAAAGCUGCAUUUUGUAGUAUGCACGUGCCACCAAAACAAUGGGUCGCGCUGCACGUGACGGCUGACUGUAAAUAUUCAGAUACCUGAAUGUUUUGAUGGUGCAGGUUUCCCUUUUACUUGCCCAAUCUCUAAUACGCCCCGCCCCCCUCCACUAUAACUCAUAUCAUGUACCUCAAAUGUCUACACAACCUCUGUUCAAUAAACUUCUGCUUUAAAGGGUGUGACACCACAUCA